CGUCAUACGGGUCAUCACACUGCGACGCGAUGACAGCUGUAUGAGCGAGCAGGUACGUGGUUCAAUGUUUAUUUCAGAAAGUGACGAAAUUAUAGCUUUUGGUGGUGUGAUGAUGCUUUGAGUCUUUCAUAACCCUUGUGGCUAAAACGAAGAAAAAAACCCUCUGUCAGAAGGACAUUUCUCUGGUCAGCAAAGCCGAUUACAUGUAUACGUUGACAUGUAGAUGAGCUCCUGGGCUGCCGUCGGCUAGUGGAUUGGAAGUGAAUAAGUUCAAGAAGAGUGGAAGAAAAAGUUACGACCAGGAUCGUUUCCAGAAUCUGUGACAGAGUUGUUUCGGACAGUGUUCAGAGUCCUGUCCAGUUGUCAUAGGCCAUGCCGUGGAACCCUAUCGAUGCCGUCCCCGCCUAACCAUGGACAACGAGCUCCCCCGUCAGGAACUGGUCAAAUGCGUGGUGGUGGGCGACAGCUCCACGGGCAAGACGCGCCUCAUCGUCGCCCGGGCCACCAAGCGGGCCAUGACCAGGGCCCAGCUGUUCCAGACCCACAAGCCGUCCGUCUGGGCCAUUGAUCAGUAUCAUCGUUGCCAGGAGGUGCUUGAGAAUUCGUGGGAGGUAAUUGACGGCGUGAGCGUGUCGCUACGACUGUGGGACACGUUUGGUGAUCAUGAGAAGGACAGACGCUUUGCCUACGGCAGAGCUGACGUGGUUCUCCUGCUGUUCUCCGUGGCCGAUGCCAUCUCCCUCCGGAACACCACCCGGGUCUGGCUGCCAGAGAUCCGCCACUUCUGCCCCCGGGCUCCCAUCAUUCUCUGCGGCACCAAGAACGACCUGCGGUACGCCGACCUGGAGGCGCUGCUCAAGGAGCGAGGGCCUGUCAGCCACCAGUGCACCAAGCACCGACCUUUUGACCCCAAGGGAAUAGUCUCUCCCUCAGAGGGCCGACAAUUUGCCAAAGAGAUCAACGCCUUCUACUACGAGUCCAGCGCCUACACACUGUACGGCGUGGAUGAGGUGUUCGACAACGUGGUCAGGGCAGCCCUCAUUGCCAGACGACAACACCGCUUCUGGCAAUCCAACCUUAAAAAGGUUCAGAGGCCCUUACCGCAAGCACCUUACUUGCCCCCUUGCCCAAAUGAGCCACGUGUCGUGGUCCCACCCACCACCUACGAUAACGACAUCUCAAGCCUGCUGAAGGACCUGACGUGCGCGGACGUGACAUUUGUCGUCCAGGGAGAAUACAUUCACGCUCACAAGGUGUGCCUCAUAGCAGCCUCCUCUGUCUUCCACGAUCUCUUCAUGUUGGACCUCUCGGACCAGUUGGACAGUUCGUCCUCCCAGGAUCCUGAGGGCCAAUCCUACAGCGCGGGGCAGCACUGGUCCAGCCCCUCCCCAGUCCCCCAACAGCUCAUGUCCACCUCGCCGGACAUCAUCGAAACCCCACCUGACAACUCGGACCACCACCCCCACCCCCACCACCAGCGCAGCAACUGCGACAGAGACAGAAUCAUGCUGGAGGAGGGCUGCCUGAGCCUCUCCCCCAACGGCAAUACGUGUGUGAUCUCGGUGCGCCCGAAGACCCGCAGUGGUGCCCCGCCCUCCGCGGGUACACCCCACGCCUGGCGGACAGACCGUUCCGGUUUCCAGGACUCCAUGGAGGGGGAAAGCAACGUGCCGACCUCGCCGGAGAUGACCAUAGUGCCUGCCAGUCUGCGAUACCUCCCCAACAAGGUCCUGAACCACCCGGCCUUCCAUUCCAUCCACCUCCAACAGGCCGAGGACCCGAUCACGGGCCGGCCCAAGCUGCGCAGCGUGGUGGUCCUGAACCACAAAAUCACGCGGGAUGCCUUCCGAGCCGUGCUGCGAUUCCUCUACACUGGCUCGCUGAGUUCAGACACCUCCAGCAACCUGAGCGACGUGAUCACAGCAGCUUCUCUUUUGGACCUGUCGGACGUGGUGUCAGCGGUGGCCAACAUCAAGCACCAGGAGGAGUACAUGAAUCUGGAGAUCGCCGAGGCCUUCUUGGAGAGCAGGAGGGACAGAUUCAGGGAGCUGUUUGCUGAAAAAGGAUUUCUUUCAGAUAUGGUGAUCAAGCUGGAUGACGGAGCCGUGGUGACCCACAGGAGCCUGUUGAUGGUACGCUGUGACCCCAUGCUGGCCAUGCUGAGCAGACACUUCAAGGAACGAUCCUGCCAAGAGGUCAUCCUGCAGGGCUUCAGGAAGAGCACCUUCAAGGCGGUGCUGGUCUACCUCUACACUGACCAGUGUCCCGACCAGCUGACCCGCAGCGACAUGCUGUCGGUCAUCGAGCUGGCCAACUUCCUGUGCCUACCCAGGCUGGUGGCGUUGGCCGAGCAGUGCCUGAUCCACAGCUUCCGAGGGGAGGCCGCCGAGAAGGACGGGGACAUCGGGGAGAACAUCUCCUACCUGCUGGAGACGUGCAAGGUCCACAACGCCAACCAGCUCUACCUGUGGUGCGUCCACCACACGGCCAUCCACUACGACGACAUCAACAAGAAGCACCCGCGGCUACUGCGGGACAUCAGCCAGGAGGCCUGCAAGCAGAUCAACUGCCAGCGCUGGCCGCCGCUCUACUACCUGAACGAGAUCGAGGAGUUUGAGCAACAGCAGCGAGAGAAGAAGAGGCUUCAAGACCGAGCCAAGAAGCACAAGUGGUGUCUCAAGUGAAUCUUUUUUUCUGGAGAUUCUUCUCCGUCGAGUGGGCAUUACCAGUUUUUUGGGGGCAGAGGGUUUUCUUUUUUGGAGGGGGGAGGGGGGUGUCAUACAGAGGGUGUCUGGAGAGGUGCACGUGAACCAAUUCCAUGUCAAGGGUGACUUUUUUUUUAUAUAAUCAAGUUAGGAUUCUUUGGAAGAUUAUAAUGUAGAAAAUCAUUCUGAGAAAAAAAAGCAACUCGCGAGGCGUUUUGCAAUUUUUUUUUAUGCCAAAAUAUAAUUAUGUUAGUAACACCAAUAUCUUGAGAAAAAAAAGCAUUGGCUUUGGCAUUGGUUGGUUUCCCAAGAGUAACCCUACCUGAGACGCAUCUUAAAGUUUCGUGAAAUCAGCCCCUGGUCUCUUUUACCUUACGUGUGAUCUGUCACUGUCUUAUUUAUCUUCGCCUAGGCAUGUGCAAUACAACUAAUGAGUCAAGUCCAUAUUUCGCACUACUUCGGCUGUAUAAGCUAAUUCAGUCAUGGCUUAUAAACCCUAACCCUGCUAUAAAUGCAACAGAAAGCAACAAAGAUAAAAAGUUGUUGUAUCUUGUUGCAUUUAGCAGGGUAACUGCUCAUAGUGCCAAGGCAAGACAACAGAAUCCACUGUUGCAGUUUGUUGCAUUUUAGGUUCUCAUUUCAGUUGUGUUGGAUAUUGUUGCAUACCUGAAGAAUAUCCGAGGGGAGUUAGGGAUAAUUUAAUAUUAAGUUUCUUAAAAUGUAAUUAACUGUAUGUUUCUUGCCUGAUUGAUUUCUUUUUUUUUAAUUACCACCCUUACACAAGUGUGCUAUCGGCCUUCAAAAGGUCCAGGUUUGUAACCAUUGGGAACUCACGUUUAAUGUACAGGCAAUAUAACAAAAAUAUCAGCGAGACGGUGACAUUCUUGGGUUUCUGUAAGAUACACUGUCUCUGUGAGACACCAGAUUUGAAUUUGUAAAACGGUUUUGAGAAAAAAUUGUAAACGUCAUGUGUUGUUGUUGUAUUUGUAAACCACGUGUAAAUAAGAUUUUAAAGAAAGAUGAGGAUUGAACUCAAACGUUUCCUCUGCCGAUCUUCUUAUUUUUGUGAAGGAGAUCUGUCGCAUGUCUGAUUGGACGGAAUACGUCAGAAGUGACCAAUUGUAUCUGCUCGUUUGCCUGACAAAAGAUACACGCUGGCCAAUCAAAUUGUGCCAAAGGGCAAUUCCGUAAAUUCGGACGUACAUGCCAGACGCUUUAAUGAGAUGUUGUUGGAAAAGUGAAUGUGAUACAUCACUAAUAAUGUGACAUCUAAAGAGUAGAAAACAAUUACAGUAGAGUUUCGUUAAUACCAACUCGUUCGGAUCUAGCCAAAUUGUUUGUUAUAUCAGAAUUUUGUUUUAAGAGGAACAUCAGUCCCAUUCAUUGUUCACAUAAAUGCACAGUCGGGACCAAGGCUUUAUGUUUGUUAUAACCAGAAUUUUGUAUUAACAGAGUUUGUACUAACGAGAUUCGACUGUACGAACCAACCUAAGGUACGCCACCACUCUAACGACCUCGUACAAGUACAUCAUGUGGUCGGACGUACGUUGAUGUUACGGAAUUGCCCCAAAAUAAACAUGAACAAGCAGCCAGUAAAUGUGAGUUCUUGGCCAGAAUCUGACUGUCAGAUUUUCAGGGAAUGUCCAUUUAAUUUGAUAUUCUUGCCCACCAAUUGUACAUUAACCACUGAUUAACAAAAAAA